AUGUCAACUGAAGCCCCUUCUUCCAAUUUUUUAUUUCUUUCAGUUGCUGUUAUAGUUCAUUGGUAAGUUAUACUGAAAAAUAAAAUCGAAGUACAGUUAACUAUGUACAUAGAAAAUUUUCAGGGGAUGUUCGCUUCUCACAGUUUUCAUAAACAAAAACAAUAUGUCAACACAUGCCACAAAGGUAAUUUCUUAUUCACAUAAAAUUCUUUGAAAAAUAAAAAAAAUUCAUUUUCAGCUGGAUAGUCCAUUUUUCAUAACUUGGUAUCAAAGUCUUGUAGCAACUAUUUUUUGUGUUCUCACUGGUUUUCUUUCGAGAAGAUUUACCGCAAUUCCAAGCAUCAAACUAGAUUUUGAUGAAUUGAGAAAUGUAGGUUUGAAUUGUUUUUUAUAAGACUUACCCUAACUUUAAAAAAAACUUCAGAUUUUCCCACUAUCAAUCACAUUUGUUGUGAUGGUAACUCUAACUAAUUUCACAAUUGAAUUCCUCACUGUUUCAACAUUGAUGAUUGUCAAGAGUACUGUACCAAUUUUUGUUAUGCUUUAUUCUUUAUACAUUUUCAAAAAAUGGUUCUCAAAGACUAGUGUUCUUUGUGGAGUUGUUAUCCUAAUUGGUUUUGCUAUGGGAAUUGAUCAAACUAAUCUUGAACAUUUUGAUACAACUGCUUUGGCUUUUGCUCUUCUUGCUGCUUCCACUAUGGGAUUGUACUUGACAGUUUAUCAAAGGUUGGUAUACUUUUGAAAUGAAAUUCUGAAAUAGGGUGACUGAAGGAAGAUUUUUGAUAGAAUUUCAUUUUAUCUUAUUUUUUGGAUGGCACUAAUUCAGUUUUCUAGAAUUCAAACUUUUUUCUGGUAGAUCAAAAACAGCUUUAUCCUUGAAUUUCAAAUGUCAAAAAUUCGAGAGAAAUGUAUUCUGUGCACAGUGUGUCAUAUUUUACACAAAAGCUUCUGCUCACCGAAAAAUAGAAAAUUCUUUGAUCUUCUGCAAAUAGUUUCAAAAAAGUUUGACUACCGAUAGUAAAUUACUACUAUUGGGCACCGGGAAUCGAACUUCUGUAUUCUGAUCUCUUAAUUUCAGAUUCAUCCCAACUAUCGAUAACUGUGUCUACAAAUUAACAUUCUACAACAAUUUGACAGCUACAAUUGUCCUCUUCAUUGUUAUGAUUUUCAACGGAGAUGUUGUCACAGUUUAUAAUGAAGCUUCAUUGAAAGAUGGUGAAUAUUGGAGACUUUUAGCUCUUCCAGGAAUUCUCGCUUAUUUUGCAAAUGCCAAACAACACGUUGAAAAUAACAGUAAGACUGCUGGAUUUAUCUCAUUCCUUGCAAAACUUUUUGUUCAAACUGUUAUUGCUACUUAUUAUUAUAAUGAAACUCACACCGCUCUAUGGUUUGUUUUUCUUUUUAUUUUUUUCUGAAAACUUGUGAUUGAAAAAAGCUGUUUUCAGGUGGGCUAGUAAUGCUAUCAUCACAGUUGGUCUAUUCAUGCAUUAUUAUUUCGAUGAAGACAACGAAGUAACUGAAAUCAGUGCCAAUGAGAAAUAUAAACUUUUGGAACACGAAUUCAAUAGCGUUUAG